GCGGUCUGUACACCCGCGGCGGCGGCGGCAGUGUCUCCACCCGCGAGCCGCCGAUGGGCGUUCAGUGACCGAACAGCGAGGCCCGCGCGCUGCGGGGGCGGCGGCAGACGCCCGGCCACCGUGACCCCAAUUUUGGAUUUAUCGCUCGGGGGGUGGGAAGAACCUGGAUUUAACUGGCGACUGUUUUGGGGGACGCCGGACGCCAUGUUGUGGAAAUUAACCGAUAAUGUCAAGUACGAAGAGGACUGUGAGGAUCGCCACGACGGGAGCAGCAAUGGUACCCCGCGCAUCCCGCACCUGUCCUCGGCAGGACAGCACCUCUACAGCCCCGCACCGCCGCUCUCGCACGCCGGGAUUGGCGAGUACCAACCACCCUACUUCCCGCCGCCUUACCAGCAGCUGGCGUACUCGCAGUCGGCCGACCCCUACUCGCACCUGGGAGAAGCCUACGCCGCCGCCAUCAACCCGCUGCACCAGCCGGCGCCCACCGGCAGCCAGCAACAGAGCUGGCCUGGCCGCCAGGGCCAGGAAGGUGCCGGCCUGCCCUCGCACCACGGGCGCCCGGCGGGCCUGCUUCCGCACCUGUCUGGGCUGGACGGGGGCUCGGUGAGCUCCCGCAGAGACGCCUACCGCCGCUCUGACUUACUGCUGCCCCACGCUCAUUCCCUGGACCCUUCGGGCCUGGCGGACAACCUGGGGCUGCACGACAUGGCUCACCAGAUGGACGAAGUGCAGAAUGUCGACGACCAGCACCUGCUUCUGCAUGACCAGACAGUGAUUCGCAAAGGUCCCAUCUCGAUGACUAAAAACCCUCUGAGCCUUCCCUGUCAGAAGGACCUGGUGGGUGCCGUGAUGAAUCCAAGUGAGGUCUUCUGCUCUGUCCCCGGAAGACUGUCCCUCCUCAGCUCCACAUCUAAAUAUAAAGUGACCGUGGCUGAAGUCCAGAGGCGACUGUCGCCGCCUGAAUGCUUGAACGCCUCCCUGCUGGGUGGUGUUCUCAGAAGAGCUAAAUCCAAAAACGGAGGUCGGUCCUUGCGGGAGAAGCUGGACAAGAUAGGGUUGAAUCUUCCAGCUGGCAGGCGCAAGGCUGCUCACGUGACCCUCCUGACGUCCCUUGUGGAAGGCGAAGCGGUUCACCUGGCCCGAGACUUUGCAUACGUCUGCGAAGCUGAGUUUCCUACUAAGCCAGUGGCCGAGUACUUAACCAGACUUCAUCUUGGAGGACGUAACGAGAUGGCGAACAGGAAGAACAUGCUCCUGGCUGCACAGCAAGUGUGCAAGGAGUUCACGGACCUCCUCAGUCAAGAUCGGACCCCCAAUGGGAACAACAGACCCCCCCUGGUGCUGGAGGCGAACAUCCAGAACUGCUUGUCGCAUUUCAGCCUGAUCACCCACGGCUUCGGCAGCCAGGCCAUCUGCGCGGCCAUGUCUGCCUUGCAGAACUACAUGAAAGAGGCCCUGAGCCUGAUAGACAAGUCCUACAUGAACCCCGGAGAGCAGAGUCCUGCGGAUUCCAACAAGACUCUGGAGAAGAUGGAGAAGCACCGCAAGUGACACAGGGCGGGCGCGGCGUGGGACUGGAGAGGACCACGAGAUCCAUCCCUCCCUACUCCCAGUGGUCUGCGGAGCGCUGGAGUCCGGGGAAGCGCUCACUACCUACCUGAUCUGUGCCUGGCUCAACGGCGAUUCUGACUCUCCCCUCUUGGACUCGGUUUCUCAAGUGUUGAAGUGUCUGACUCCGGACAUCAGAUCCCAAGGUGACCAGUGCUGGGUUUUGCUAUUGUUCCGUGUUAAGCAUUUAUACUUUGGAACCCCAUUCAUCCAUUCCCUCCAAGUGGUGCUACAAGUUGUAAGAUCAAUAAACUGCCUGGGCCUCAACAAGAAACCAUACACCUGGCUGUUGUAAUGUCAAAUCAACAGGACAUUCACAGAUCCACAGCUUAUUUUUUUCAG